UAGAAUCCCCGCACACAACAGUCCAAAGGUCAUUCUCUUUCAUAUGCACGUGUGAGUUCGGAAAGAAGGUGAGUGGACAAUAAAAUCUAGUGGAUUUUGCUACGCAGAGGACUUAUAGCGUACAAAACCACUCUUACAACGAAGUGUAUAGGCGUAUUUUAUUGUCACUUCGUCAGUCAUGAAGACCAUACUGGGGACACGUAUCAUUACUGUUCCAGACAAGGUGACUAUAUCGUGCAAAUGCCGCACGGUGACUGUCAAGGGGCCUCGUGGAACGCUCACCAAGUCGUUCAAGCACAUUGACCUGGAGUUGACUCAGUUGGGGAAGAAGAGGAUACGAGUUGACAUCUGGUUUGCCGCCAGGAAGCAGAUGGCAUGUCUCAGAACCAUCUGCAGCCACAUCGAGAACCUCUUCAAGGGAGUCCUCUAUGGCUACCGGCUGAAGAUGCGUGCAGUGUACGCUCAUUUCCCCAUCAACCUUGUCCUCAGUGAGGAAGGGACGGUCGUGGAGGUCCGAAACUUCCUGGGAGAGAAGUACACGCGGACCGUGCGGCUGCGCAAUGGCGUGAAGGCCUCCACCACAAAGGUCAAGGACGAGGUGGUCGUGGAGGGAAACGACCUGGAGCUGGUGACUCAGUCUGCUGCCCUCAUCCACCAGAGUGUUCUUGUCAAGAGGAAAGACAUUAGAAAGUUCCUAGACGGCAUAUAUGUCUCUGAUCGAGGCACCGUUGAUCAACCAACUGACUAAAACUUUCGUUUAGUUGUAUAUACUUGUUGGAUGUUACUUUCGCAUAAUUGAUUCAGUUGUGCGCAUGUGCGUUUGUGUGGGGUCA